AUGUCCACUAACAAAAUUACUUUCUUGCUCAACUGGGAGCCAACCCCUUACCACAUUCCAGUAUUUUUGGCUCAAACCAAAGGAUAUUUCAAAAGAGAAGGUUUGGAUGUUGCCAUUCUUGAACCAUCUAACCCAUCAGAUGUCACUGAAUUGAUUGGUUCUGGAAAAGUUGAUAUGGGAUUGAAAGCCAUGGUUCAUACAUUGGCUGCAAAAGCUAGAGGAUUUCCUGUCACUUCAAUAGGCUCAUUAUUGGAUGAACCCUUCACCGGUGUUUGCUAUUUGGAGUCUUCGGGUAUUACCACCGACUUCCAAUCACUCAAGGGAAAGCGCAUUGGAUACGUUGGUGAAUUUGGAAAGAUUCAAAUUGAUGAAUUGACCAAGCACUAUGGUAUGACACCAGAUGAUUACACUGCUGUCAGAUGUGGUAUGAAUGUUGCCAAGUACAUCUUGGAAGGCAGUAUUGAUUGUGGUAUUGGCAUCGAAUGUAUCCAACUGGUUGAAUUGGAAGAAGCUUUGAAGCAACAAGGAAAGGACCCAAAUGAGGCCAAGAUGUUGAGAAUUGACAAAUUAGCUGAAUUGGGAUGCUGUUGUUUCUGCACUAUCUUGUACAUUGCCAACGACAAGUUCAUUGCCGAAAACCCAGACAAGAUCAAAGCAUUCUUGAAAGCAAUUAAAUCGGCCACCGAUUUUAUCUUGUCAAAUCCUCAACAGGCUUGGGAGGAAUAUGGUAACUUCAAACCUCAAAUGACAUCCGAAUUGAACAAAAAGAAAUUUGAGAGAUGUUUUGCCUACUUCUCCGACUCAUUGUACAAUGUUCAUCGUGAUUGGAACAAGGUCAACAACUAUGGUAAGAGAUUGGAAAUCUUGCCAGAGGACUACAAGCCCAAUUAUACCAAUGAGUUCUUGUCUUGGCCUGAACCUAAAGAAGUCGAAGACCCAACUAGGGCACAAGAGCUUAUGCUCAAACACCAAGAGGAAUGCAAAGCUUGUGGUGGUUACAGAAGAUUGAUUCUUACUGAUGUUUAA